AUGAGUCAGAGUCUUCGCAAGACAUUUUCAAAGAAGAAUGAUGAGAAACUUCUUGCCAUUAUUAAGAAUAUUGGAACAAGUGAUUGGAAAAAAAUUGCAGAUAAGAUGCCUAACUUCACAGCCAGACAGUGCAAGGAUCGUUAUAACAUCUACCUUAAAGAAACCAAUAAACAAGAGCCGUGGACUCCAGAAGAGGAUCAGCUUCUUAUAAAAUUACAAGCAGAAUACGGUUCGAAAUGGACACAGAUUUCGCAAUUCUUCGAAGGAAGAAAUAUUAAUAAUAUAAAGAACAGAUGGCAUAGAUUCAUCAAAUUCAGGGUAGAAGAACAAGCCGAAACUACUCAAGAUACCAAACAGGAAGAACAGAAUACACCAAAAGAAAUUUUACCAAAUUUUAGCUUUACCGACCUAAUGGAUGCUAUUGAGUUCCCUGAAAAUGAUAUUUUCAUGGAAUUAUGCUUCUUAUAG